AUGAAAGGUAAUAAAAAUAUUUAGGAGAACAAUAGAUGUGAUAUGAAUAGCUACGGAGACCAUAAAAAGAAGAAAUCAGAUGUUUAAUAGUAAGCUUCUAAAAUAUCUAAAAGUUUUGAUCAAGCCUCCAGUGAAGCAGAAAAUAAUAAUGCCAAUGAUGAUGAUAGCUUUUAUGAUUGGAAUAAGAAUGGAAAUUUAGAAAAAACAAACAUUGAUAGAGUUAAAAGUGAUAUCCCAUAAACUAGGAUGAUACACGCUUAAAUUGAAAAUGAAGAAGAAGGAGAAGAAACAAAAACUCCUGAAGAUGAAGAUAAAUAAAGAAAUAAAAUGUUUCAACAAUAUGAAAUGAGAAAAGAGGAACCUUCUCUUGUGUCAGAGUAUGUUGUGGGCAGCUCCCCUAAAGAUGAAUCAUCAUCUGAAUAAAGUAUUGAAGAAAAAAUAAAAGAAGCAUCAAGUCAACAUGAAAGAAAUAUCAGAAAUGUGAAUUUGGAAGUGAACAAUAAUUAGAAUCUAAACAUAAAUUAAAAUAUAGAGUCUUCAAAAUACAUAUAUUCUUCUGAAAUCUAAGCUCAUAUUAGAAUGAAAGAAUAAGAACUAAAAAAGACAAUAAGUCUAAAUAUAAUUGUCAUAGGCAAAACUGGAAUAGGAAAAUCGACCUUUAUAGAAGCUUUUUUAAAUGAGAAAUUCGAAAAAUUAAAUAAUGAAAUACGACCAACCACUAUUGAUAUAAUAGAGAAAAAGGCAGUGAGAAAAGAAAAUGGAAUAACUUUGAAUUUAAAUAUGAUUGAUACUCCUGGAUAUGAUGCAGAUACAUAAAUAGCUUAGUGGCAGCAAAAAAUAAUUGGAUAUAUUACUUCAAAAUUCGAAAAAUUCAAACAAGUAAAAAAAGAGUAAGAUAAUAAAGAUGCGUCAAAGUAAUAAGAAAUCUAAGACUAAAGAGUUCAUGGAUGCUUAUAUUUUUUGUGUGGACCUAGAAUAAAUAAAGUAGACCUAGAUAACUUAAAAAAAUUGUAAGAAUAUGUCUCUAUUAUUCCUAUACUAGCUAGAGGUGAUUCAUAUACUCCAGAAGAAGUGAAAUAAUAUAAAAAAUAGUUGAGAAAUGAUGCAGAUCAAAAUAAAAUUUUUUUCUUUGAUCCAUAAGAGGUCUUUUAAGAUCAGCCUGAAAAGCUUAAUAAACUACUUAAAAGUCCUUUUGGUUCUGUUCCUCCGUUUUUGAUUAUCUCUUCUAUAAAAUAAAUUUAAAAAUCAGAAAAUCAAGUAUUUUAUGGAAGGGAAUACAAAUGGGGAAUAUGUGAUAUAAAAAAUCCUGAGCAUUCGGAUUUUAUGCUUCUUUAUACUUCACUUAUUGGUUAUUUUAGCACAAAACUCAUUAAAUUGGCUGAUGUUUACCAAAAUAGUUAUUUCAAUUAAAAAAAGAAAUAAUAAAAAAUAAAAGAAAAAGAAAAUAAAAUAGAAAAAGGGAUAUUAUUUGCUGGGUUAUUUUCUGCAGCAGCAGCAUACAUUUAUACAAAAUUCUAAAAAAACUGA